CAGACAUGGCGAAGCUCCGCAGCUCAGGACUCUCCACAGUCGUCUCCCUCUGCCUGGCACUUCUGCUCCAGACCCGUGCUGAAGACUGCAUCACCAGCAUCAGGGUUGUGCGUCAUUCCCUGUCCCACCCUGCCAACCUGAGCUGUGCAAAUAUGGAAGGAGAAGAGCGGUCCGUCCUCCUGCACAAGGAGGGGCCUCUGAUUCACAACCACACCGUCAAAGGCCAGAGUGACACGGUGGCGGUCAAGGAGGGCAUGUAUCUGCACAUCGUAGGGCACAAGGUGUGGUACGAGAUCUCACAGGUGACCGAUAGUGACGCUGGAGUGUACACCUGCGAGGUGAAAAAGAUGUACCCCCCACCUUACAAGGCAGAGAAGCGCAUAUCUGCUCUCAUCACAGAGGGCCACUGCCCUGAUGAGGGUCAGAACCAGGCUCGUAGACAUCUCCACCAUGGUCGCCAUGGUCACCUGAACUCCUCCCAUACGGGGUGCCCCCAGACCCAGCAGGACUCCGCCCCUCUCACCCAGGCCCUGUGGCCAGUGUGCUGUGUGAUGCUCUCCCUGCUCUGUGUCGUGCUUCUCGUCAUCGUCCUGGUGUUUGGGCACAAACUAAGAAGCAAUGCCCAGAGGGAGAGCGAGUACGUCAACACCAGACCUGCAGACUGCAAGAGACAAAAGGGGGUGCUGAGGCCAAAAUGGGAGGGCCUGCUGUUCUGAUCCGACCAGCUCCAGCAAGCCCAGCCUGAACCCUCAGGAGAAACCCCAAACACACAAGGUCCAGCAAGCCCAGCCUGAACCCUCAGGAGAAAUAACAAACACACAAGGUUCAAAAGUAUUGGGGCUAUUGAAACUACUAUUGACAUAUGUUUUGUAUGUUUGUUCAUUUGUUUGUUUAUCAUAAUAUACUGUAUAAGUCUAAUAUAUCUAAGUGAAGCUAAUAGCGUAUACAUAUAUAAUAUAAAAAUAUAGUAUAUAGUCCCAUAUGCAAGAUCCCUUAUAUAGUCCCAUAUGCAAGAUUCCUAUACGCACAAAAAUUGGAGUGUCAGUUUAUUGUUCCCCGCCACUCAACAGAGUUAGUGUAUGCGUGAGAUACAGCAGGCUCGUUGUCUGACUUUGUACUCAAGUGCAUGAUGAUGGGUGUUAUAUCCGUCUGUUCUGCUGCUCAGGAAUAUGUUCAUGUUCAUAUGAGGUACAUACCCAUUUAGGGGUCAUGAGAGGAUUACCAACCCCCCCCCCCAUUACCUAGUUAAACAUGUUUUUUAUAAUUCACUGGAAUAGUGUGGUUGCUUUGUGGCUAGACCUCAAUUAGGGCAAGAAUGGAUGGUGGUCAUAGUGAACAACAACAGGAAGUGACUCAAAGCAGUCUGAUUGAUGGAAAUAGUCUUUGUCAUUGUAUCCUUUUAUUUUAGUGUGUUUUCUCUUUACCUUAAUGUAUACAUACAGAAAAGAAUAAAUAAAAAGAAGAGAAUGCAUGGCAAAUAUAUGGACCUUAAUCUAUUUGGCAUGCAUUCUUAUCUUUUUGGGGACUUCUUUUCUACAUUUUCCCUGCACUUUGUUCAUCUAUGUUUUAAACCUCUGUCAAGCACUUUGCUCACCUAAACAUCAGACACAGUCUUGUUGUAAAUAUGCAUUUUUUUUUUUUUUAAAAGGUUUGUUAAUAUUUUCAUGUAGAGAUGUUAUAUUGCUCUCAUCUUACUACUGAUCUCCAUUAAACUUUAGAGUAUUACGUUUUAAGAUUAGAUGCUACAUGGAUGGUCUGUCCUUGUAUUUGUAUCACUGGCAAUGUGAUUGACUGUAGCCUAAUAAGUAUAACUGUCUCUCUUGUUAAAAAUUUUGGUUUAAUCAAUGUCAUCUGGAUCAGUAUUCUUACAGUAACUCAACUGUAUACUUAGCAUACCCAAAGAGAAUAAAUAUGCAUAAACAAUAAAUGCAUAUAUUGUCAUUUUCUCUUGGCCAUAA